AUGAAUAGGGCUAGCUUUUACGGCAAUAUGGUGGACUACUCCGAGAGUUCGGAUGAGUCGUCGGACGAAGACCAAUUGCUGCUCCGAGCGGAGCUUCGUGAGCAGGAGCAACGUGCUCUAGUCGAACUGGACAUUGCUUUAAAUGCUCCAGUUGCGUUUUGCGUGCGCACUAAUGUUGAGUUUGAUGGUCUUCUGAACGGCCUCGACGCACCGAUUCCCACAAAAGUGAUCAGUUUUGCGGCGAAGGAGUUUCUGCAGGUAAAGCGUCGCUUUGACCAAAACUGGUGGAUUGGACGGGUGGUACGCGAUGGCGCACUGAUCGGCUUUUUGCCGAGUCCUUCGAAGUUGGAGACACUGCGCCAUUCCAUUCAGACCAACCUCUCCCAGCUCCUCCUCUCUGAGGCUCUCAACGUUGCUGCCUCCAGUAGUCCCGCUAAUGCCUCCUCUGGCUCUGGGGCCGGCACUAAUUCCCUCAACUCCACUAAGGCCUCCGCGUGGCCAGCAGCUUUGGCAAAUGGGAACACACCGCACACCAACGAUCUUGCUGGACAUUGUAGCAAGCACGUCUUCUUCGGAGAUGGAAAACCAAAGGGAACCGAAACUUUAAUUACACCAGGUCUCGGAGUCUCGCUGCCUGAUAUGGAGUCUGAAAAGACGGCAGCACAGGCAGUUCCAAGUCUGGCAACUACUCUUCCCUCUACGCCUAAGAAGAAGCCCUUUUUCAAAAAGGGCUUCACCGGGCCCCCCUAUGACCUGGUACCAAAUGUACGACCAGUGGUGGUGGUGGGGCCUGCACUCAAGGGCUAUGAGGUCACCGACAUGAUGCAGAAGGCGCUCUUUGACUCCCUCAAGCGGCACUUCGAGGGACGCCUUGUUGUGACUCGUGUGGUGAGUGAUAUUUCCGCGUGGAAAAGAUUGAAUGUGUUGGUGAAUAUGGACAAAAAAGCUCUCACAGAUCGUACUCGCGGUAGGCAAAUCAUCACAGCCCUUGAGGUUCAGCGUGAAAUCGAGCGGAUCUUCGACCUCGCCACCUCAAUGCAGUUGGUCGUUUUGGAUAGCGAGGCAAUCAACCAUCCACAUCAGAUCGCCAAAUCCCCUCUUGCUCCCAUAAUGGUCUACAUUAAGAUCUCUAGCAUCCGCGUGCUCCAACGCCUAAUCAAAAAUCGAGGGAAAACUCAGAAGAAGCAGAUCAGCUCCCAAGUGGCCGCCGCCGAGAGGUUACUUCAGUGUGCAGAGGAGAGCUUUGAUGUCGUUUUGGAACAAAAUAGUCUGGAGAGUGCUACGGAGGCGUUGGCGAACUACCUCGAGUCCUACUUGAAAGCACUUCACCACUAUCGGGAUCACGGUAAAGGUGACCGUCAGUUCUCCCCUCCGCCGUCUCACAUGAGCCUAAAGACUAACGAGGCCAAGCCCUUGCCCCCCAUGAUCCCCGGUCGGCCUGGGCUCAACAUCGCCUUCGCUGCAGCGGGCUCAGCCGGCUUCCAAUUGCAAGAACUGUCCGCCCUCGCUGGUGAUCGCCACGCGGGCCACUCAAGCACUCCGGGUGAGGGUGAAUGUGAAGGCGGUAACGAGGGCGAGGAGGGAGAUGAGGAGAGGGAGAAGAAGGAAGGGAAAGAUGAAGUCAAAAGAGGGGAAGGCGAGGGCGACAAGGCGGAGCACAAGAUGGACACUGACAAUACUGACAGGGACAGUGGAGGAUUCGCCAGUACGGAAGCUAAGAAGAAGCCGCUCUCGGCGCUCAAGGUGGGUAAGGCAGAGGGCAAACGUGAAGGCGGCGGCAUCUUGAAGCUAGGUGCGGGCAAGAAGCACAAACAGACCCUGACCCAAAUCAUCCCUGAUCGCGCGCACGCUAUUGCCCUCGCUGAGGCGGUGGUAAAGAACGCCAACGCCGCUGCUGCCGCUGCAGCUGCUACUCGUCUAGACGUGCCGGGCGGAGCCACUAUCGGCCUCCAUCAGUCCCACCAGGCAGCCCACAGCGAUCCCAGUGGCACUCCCAAAAUUUAUGCGAGUCGGUCCUCAAGGCAGGCAAAACAACGUCAAGAGGAGAUGGAGAACGCGCGGCGGCGGUCAGAGGAGGCGGCACGAGCAGCAGCGGAGGCGCGAGCAGCAAGCGGGGCACAGCGACAGGAGAAGAGACGCCAGCGACGCCUCCUUCUCGCUGAGCAGGCUGCCGCUGCAGCUGCGCGCUACGGUGGUGGUGGAGCAGUGAAGUUUGGUGAUAAUGUGAGUAGCGAAAAGGGAUUAGUAUUGGACCGCGGGUCCAGAGCCCGCAUGCCACCCGACGAGGAGUCGCAGAGCUCGCCGGGAAGCAACCUGCGGAGGAACACCUCCAGCGCCACAGAGGCCUCUGGCCCCCUGGGUCCUAAAUCACCCUACAACAAGGCCAUCCCCCUUAUUAUCCACCCACCUUCGGAGAACUAA